CUCUCUUUUUUUCUUAAUAUUCAUCAACUAAAAAAAUCCCACAUACACAAAAAUAUGUAAUGGAAAAUAAGAAAAAGGUGUAAAAUAAGAACAAAAAGUUUUCAUUUGAAAAAAGAAUAAAAGGUAGAUUACUUAAAAGGAGUGUGUUUGGUUAGGGAAGACGUUGGCAUCAGUCACCAGUGAAAACGUCUCUCCAAACUCCUAACGAAACUUAAUAUUCAUUAUUUCCAAUUCUACAUAUAAUAUAUAUGUGUGUGUGUAUGGUGCUGUUGCUCUUCAGCUUUCUUCUUGUUCCUGCAUACCCAUCUUCUCUCACCUACAUCAAACCUAGGGUUUCUUAUACCAUCAUCUAUAUAUCCAUAUAUAUAUUCGUCUAUCAUCAUAAUAAGAUCUCAGAAACAUAGAGAUUCAAAAUGAUGUGUAGUCGAGGACAUUGGAGACCUGCAGAGGAUGAGAAGCUUCGAGAACUCGUUGAACAGUUUGGUCCUCAUAAUUGGAACGCCAUAGCUCAGAAGCUCUCUGGUCGAUCUGGUAAAAGUUGUAGAUUAAGAUGGUUUAAUCAGUUGGAUCCUAGAAUAAACAGAAACCCUUUCACAAAGGAUGAAGAAGAAAGGCUUUUAGCAUCUCAUCGGAUCCAUGGGAACAGAUGGUCCGUGAUCGCUAGAUUUUUCCCCGGUCGAACUGAUAACGCCGUUAAAAACCAUUGGCACGUCAUCAUGGCUCGUCGUGGCCGAGAACUGUCCAAGCUACAUCCACGUGACCUAGGCCAUGAUGGCACGACGGUUGCGACGAUUGGUUAUGACGGUUGCGAUAAGAAGAAACGAUUGGCAACCGCAACCGCUAUCAAUUAUCCUCGCCAGUUCUCUCAUAUUAGUCAUUUUCAGCUCCUCAAAGAGUUUUUGACCGGAAAGAUCGGAUUUUGCCAUAAUAAUACUCCAAUCAACGAUGGAGCGAUAAACCAAACUAAAAGACCGAUGGAGUUCUACGAUUUUCUCCAAGUCAAGACGGAUUCAAAGAAACCCGAAGUGAUAGAUAAUUCAAGAAAAUACGAAGAAGAAGAUGAUGUUCACGAACACAACCACAAUCACAACGCGAAUUGUGUUCCCUUUAUAGACUUUUUGUCUGUUAAAAACUCUGCCUCUCAGGGUUUAUGUUAAUUCGUACAACAUGUUAACAUGUACUAUAAGGAGAUCAUCUGUUAGUGACAUGUAAAGCUUACUAAUCAGUUAGUGUUCUUGUUUGAACCAAAUGUUAACUAAGACACCCCAACUU